AUGGCACAAAUGCUGCGCAUUUGGAGCAACAGCGGGGAGUGCGAGCAGAUCCCCUUGGAGCAUGAUACCUCGACGGGUCUGCUUGGCCAGUCCGUGAAGACCCUGAAGAAGCAGCUGCAGAUGCGGUGCGGGAUGCCGCGGUUUAGGCAGCGGAUCACGCAAGGCAGCCUCUUGCUGGAGGAUGACGUUCUUCUGGAUGUGGCUGUGGAUCUUCAACUGACUUUGCUGAGCUUCGAAAAGGUCACCAAGCAGGAUCUGGACCGCAUGAGGAAGGCGGCGGGCAAUGGCAACCACAACGUCGUGGAGAGACUGUUGCAGCGGCCAGUGGAUCCCAACGUCAUGGAUAAGGACGGCGUGACUCCACUGCUUUGUGCUGCGGACGGUGGCUACGCGGAGGUGGUGCGGCUCUUGUUGGAAGCAUGGGCCGAUGCCAACCAUGCUUCUGUUCGCGGCCUUUCUCCUCUGAAGCAGGCGUUUGAGAAGGGACAUCAGCAUGUCGUACAGCUGCUCUUGGGUGCGAGGGCAGAUGCCAGCAACGUCGACUGCCGGGGCCUGUGUGGUGGAGACACCCUGUUGCACAUUGCUGCGAAGAUGGGCGAGCCGGGGGUGGUGAGCGCGGUGGUGCUCGGUAGGGCCGACCUGAAUAGAACUGGGCCUCAGGGCAACACUGCCUUGUAUGACGCCUCCUUCGCAGGGAAUGGCGAAGCACUCGUCGCGCUCCUCCGAGCACGGGCGGACUUCAACAAGGGCGAUGCGGAUGAGUGCACACCCAUCUGCAAGGCGGCAAGCGCAGGGCACGUUGCGAUCGUGCGCUGCCUCUUGAAGGUUGGGGCCGACUCCAACAAGCCAACCUACAUCGGCGGCACUCCUCUUCAGGCAGCCGCCGCAGGGGGCUUCGUAGAUGUCGUCAAGUGCUUGAUGCAGGGCAUGGCAGAACUGAACAGAGCCGAUAAGACUGGCAGCACCUCUCUGCAGAUUGCCUGCGCAAAAGGUCACGUGGAGAUGGCCCGCCUGCUUCUGGACUACAAGGCUCACAAGAACAAGGCAGACAGAUGUGGCCUUACGCCGCUUCACAUUGCCUGCGGUCGAUGCCUUGUGGACAUCGUGCGCAUGCUCCUCGAGGCGGGCGUCGACCUCAACAAGGCCGACAAUUCGGGGGUCACCCCGCUGCAGACUGCUUCUGCGAAGGGAUUUGUGGAAGUCGUGCGCAUGCUGGUGUUGGCUGGGGCCGAUGUGAACCAGGCCAGCUAUCGUGGAAGCACUCCGUUGCACGAGGCGUGCUGGGGCGGUCAUGUUGAUGUGUUUGUCAACGGCCGCGGCCCUUUCGACGAUGCUUCCGGGACCUGCCACGUGGCUAUUGUGCGGUUGCUGCUAGAGGGGCAAGCUGAUAUCAACAAGCCCGACCAGACUGGCAGCACAGCCCUUCACAUAGCAUCUGGCAGAGGAAAUGUGGCGGUUGCCAGACUCCUCCUCUUCGCCGGGGCCGACAUUCACAAGCUCAACAAUCAUGGUCACACACCAGUUCAGGUUGCACACAGCUGCAACUACGUUGAAGUUUUCCAACUCCUGUACAAGGCUGGGCCUGCUCUGGAAAGAGUGAGGCGGCAAGCUUGGGCACCUAUGAAAUGA